UCUGUUUAUAAAAACGAAAAUAUACAGCAAAAAUUGUUCUUGUCUUAUAGAAACAGUUCUUUGUACAAGACUAAAGGUGGCGAUGCAGAUCAAUACUUUUUGCGCUAUUUUGAUGGUGUUGAAGUUUGUCAUUAACUCUGAUAGUUUCCUGCUACACGGCUCUGCUGGUCCUCUAACAGCCCGGCUGGGAGGAGCUGUACUGCUGCCCUGCUUUGUGGACAGACCCCUGCCUUUGGAGGAGCUGGAGGUGGACUGGAGAAGGACUGAUUCAGACACCAUCGUAAACCUAUUCCAGGGGGGUCAGAGCAGACCUGAAUCACAGGGGGACGCCUACAGGGACAGAGCCCACUUCUUCUCUCAGGAAAUCCCCAAAGGCAACUUCUCUCUGCUGCUUGACGGUGUGAGGACUGCAGAUGCAGGAGUGUACAAGUGUGUGGCUUAUACAGAGCAGGAGCACCAUGAAACACGGGUGGAAAUACAGGAAGCAGAGCGGCUGGUGGUGACGGGUGUAGAUGAGCCUGUCUAUGCACAUGCUGGAGAGGAUGUGACUCUCAGCUGCUCUGUGGACACCCAUGUUAAUGUGACAGAGCUUCAGGUGGAAUGGAAAAAGACAGACGAUGACGGUGACAUCUUGGUGCUUCUGUACGAUGAUGGAGAGAACAGACCAGAGUCACAGGAUGGGAGAUACUAUGGAAGAGCUGAAUUCUUCACUGAGGAAAUUCCCAAAGGAAACUUCUCAAUGAAACUGAGGAAAGUCAGGACUGAAGACAAAGGAGAGUUCAGGUGUGAAGUCCACUCAGAUACUGAUUCUGCCAGUACAACUGCCAGGAUAGCAUCACUGGGUUAUUCAUCCCUGCAUUGGCUGAUUCUGGGGCUGUGCAUCGCUGUCACACCUGUAGUCCUACUUACUGGUGCUUUAUCUCAUGACUGA